GGUCCAGUAGCAUCAAGAGCCAUGGAGAAGCUGCUAUGGUACUCACUGGUCAUGGUCAUCUUCUCUCAGACUUUUGCCCAGAAAGACAUGUCUAAGACGGCCUUCGUAUUUCCUAAAGAGUCAGCCAAUUCCUAUGUAUCCCUGGAAGCACAGUCGAAGACGACAUUGAAAGCCUUUACUGUGUGUCUCCAUAUCUACACGGAACUGAGCACAUCCCGCAGCUUCAGUAUUUUCUCUUACGCUACCAAGAACAACCCUAAUGAUAUACUCAUAUUUUGGUCUAAGGAUAGAGGGUAUACUUUUGGAGUGGGUGGGCCUGAAGUACUAUUCAAGGCUUCUGAAAUUCCUGAAGCUCCAACACACAUCUGUGCCAGCUGGGAGUCUGCUACAGGCAUUGUAGAGUUUUGGGUUGAUGGGAAACCCAGGGUGCGGAAAAUUCUGCAAAAGGGCUACACUGUGGGGACAGAUGCAAGCAUCAUCCUGGGGCAAGAGCAGGAUUCAUAUGGUGGUGGCUUUGAUGAAAAACAGUCUUUGGUGGGAGACAUUGGAGAUGUGAACAUGUGGGACAUUGUGCUAUCUCCAGAACAGAUCAACACAGUGUAUGUUGGUGGGACACUCAAUCCCAGUGUGUUGAAAUGGCAGGCGCUGAAGUAUAAAGCACAGGGUGAUGUGUUUAUCAAGCCCCAGCUGUGGCCCUGACCUACUGUUGUGAGCACUGAGAUGCCUCCUGGGGUUACAUUCUCUCCCUUGUCUCUUGUCAGAGACCCUUUAACCCCAACAGAUGUUGUAGAUUUUGUAGUUGAAUAUGGUCUUUCACUUCCCUGCAUUGCCUUCCUCAGCACCAGAGCAUGGAAUUGAAGUGUAUGUCUUAGCAGCAUGUGUAUCAUACUAGGAAUCUUUAUCAAAGAGAAUCUGAAUUAUAAUAUAUAUAUAUAUAUAUGUAUGUAUGUAUGUAUGUAUGUAUGUAUGUAUGUAUGUUCCUCUGUGUAGCCCUGACUCUCCUGGAACUCACUCUGUAGACCAGGCUGGCCUCACAGAGAGCCACCUGCCUCUGCCUCCUGAGUGCUGGGAUUAAAAGCCUGAGCCACCAC